AAUUGGUGCUCAAAUAAACACGUGGCUCCGCGUCUAUAACUUUUCUUAGUGUCGACUGCAAGCCGUUCUUUCUCUCCCGUGGCGGCGCCUUCCCUUCCCACUCUUUUUUCUUCUAGGGUUAUCCCCCGGCACCCUCUCCAGGGUUUGGGAUACAAGCGUCCUCCCGGAAUCGCGCGCUCGUCUCUAGCGACCUCCAGAUUCGGCCAUGGCAGCUGUCUCCCCCGCUCCUCCUGCUGACCAAGCUACAGAUCUGAUGCAAAAGCUAUCACUGGAUUCCAAGAACAAGAGUGACGAUUCUUCAGAUGUUUCAAAGAAGCCUUCCGGAGUUCAGUAUGGUCCAGCAAAUGGUCGAGAAUUGCCAAUAGCUCCAAUCCCAACAUGCAAGCGGUCUCUGACUCCUCUACUUCAGGAGCAUAUGGAUACUAGCAUGUGCUACUUUCCCAAUGGAUACACUUCACCUUUCUAUUAUGGAGGUUAUGAUGCUUCAAUAACCGAAUGGGAGGAUUACCCAAGAUAUGUUAGUCCUGAUGGAAUGGAGGUGCCCCCACUUGGAGUUUAUGGGGAUAUGUAUCAGCAUGGAUAUGGUUAUGCUCCUUAUACUCCAUAUUCUGCUCCUGGUUCCCCUGUUCCAACUUUGGGGCACAACAGUCAGCUAUAUGGACCCCAACAGUACCAGUUUCCAACUACAUAUUACCAUUCACCCGCACCCACCAGUGCACCAUACACCACAAGCCAAGCUCCUAUUUCUGAAGGAGAUGUUUCUACAUCUGCUGCCGCCAACCUCACUCCUAUUCAAUCAGAUACCGCAAAACAUAAUUCAAAUGGAGUGGCUAAAGGAAGCACAAAUGACAACAAUGAAUCAGGGAAACCAAAACCCAGCCAGCAUAAUUUAUCAAAUCCUGGUGGCUCAUUUGGUAAAGGUGCUUUACCUGGUAGUCUUCCUUCUUCAGGAUACCAGGAUCCAAGAUUUGGUUUUGGUGGUAUGUGGUCGUCUGUUCCGUGGUCUGAUGGUCCUAUUGUUCCUGAUGGACAACAGAGGUCACCUACAGCAAAUGCUGUUUCUUCAAUGACGUCACAUAUUAGCAACACUACAUCCACAAGAAAUCAGAAUCUCCAUCCCGUUCCUCAUCUUGCGGGAAUGCAUGCUCCAAGGCCAGCAGCUCCUGGAAUUGUGAACAAGAUGUAUCCUAACAGCAGAAUGUAUGGCCAAAAUAUUAAUGGAUUUAUUGUUGGUCAGAAUUUUUGUUCAAAUAUGUACAACUCCCGAAUGAAUGGAAGAUGGGGAAUGCCUAUGGAUAGCAAGUAUAAGCCAAGAGGCCGUGGCAAUGGAUUCUAUGGUUAUGGUAAUGAGAACUUGGAUGGGUUGAGCGAGCUUAAUAAAGGACCUAGGGCUGGUCGCUUUAGAAAUCAGGUCUUUGGACCUAAUAUUACUCUUGCUGUAAGAGGACAGAGCCUUCCUGCAAACCUAAAUGUUCAGGAUUCUACUGUCAUACCUGAAAAGGAACAGUACAACAAGUCAGACUUUCCUGAAACAUAUUCAGAUGCUAAGUUUUUCAUCAUUAAAUCAUACAGUGAAGAUGAUAUCCACAAGAGUAUCAAGUACAAUGUUUGGGCCAGCACUCCCCAUGGGAACAAGAAGCUUGAUGCUGCUUAUCAGGAAUCUAAGGAGAAGACUAAUGGAUGCCCUGUCUUCUUGUUCUUCUCUGUCAACACAAGUGGGCAGUUCGUUGGUGUUGCUGAAAUGGUAGGUCGAGUUGAUUUUAACAAAACAUUGGAUUACUGGCAGCAGGACAAGUGGAUUGGCUGUUUUCCUGUCAAGUGGCAUAUUGUAAAGGAUGUUCCCAAUAACAUCCUAAAGCACAUCACAUUGGAGAACAACGAAAACAAACCUGUGACAAACAGUAGAGACACCCAGGAGGUGAAGCUUGAGCAAGGUCUCCAACUCCUUAAGCUUUUCAAGGAGCAUGUGGGCAAGACAUCCAUUUUGGACGAUUUUAGUUUCUACGAAACCCGCCAGAAGGUGAUGCAAGAGAAGAGAACGAAGCAACAACAGCUUCAGAAAAAGGUUGUGGAUGGAAAACCAGUGGAUUUUGACCGCAAAGAUAACAAUGAAGUAAAUGGCAAGCCCUUGGAAGCGAUUACACUUCUGAAGAAAGAAACUGCAAGGGACGGGGUCACACUUGAAACGAAUGGCGUGGCUGGUGUUGCUCCAAAGAAUGCUAACUCUGCGACUGAGAAGCUGGUAGCGGCCAAUGGUGUUGCCAACUGUUGACAUGUACGCUUAACGUCUAUCUCAGCCGUAGCACAUCUGUAGUUUUCCUUUUCCCAGUUAAAUAUCGAUUUGAGCUUGUUUUCCCUUCCAAAGUUAUCCCGUUAGGUGAUUCGGGUUAGCUAUCAACCUUUUCUCCGUGCUCCCAAUAGUGUAUUUCCAGUUUCUUCUUCUUUUCUU